ACCGCUACACCUCUCCAGCCUUCUCCAGCCUUCUCCUUCACUGCUUCAUCUCUCUUUCGACUCGUUUAACAUGCUGUCUUUCAGAAAUGGUCCCUGCGCGCGUGCACUCUGCUUCUUUCUUUUCACUGUUAUUUCACUGCUGUAGUUUUCAGGUUCAUUUGUGUCUGUAAAGUCGUGACUUGAGGUGUCACUGCGGUUUAUGGGUACCGGUGUUUGUCGGGUAAAUAAGCAGAAUUGUUAGUGCACUCAGAAUAUUGACUUUUGUACGUUUUUGGUUCCAUCACUUUCUUUAGGAGUCGUUCUUUUCCUCCAUGCUGGACUCCUCUUUGUCUCCUCAGACUACCUUUGUUAUACCUCUGGAGUGAUCUGAGCACUGAUAGAGCUGAUAGAAGAGCUUCAGAAAGAGCUGAAGUCAUAUCUCAUCUCACUGUUUCCUUUGUACUCUGCUGAACAGGAAUGAUUCCUUGUUAAUUCAAUUAUGCCUUCUUUCCUGGUUUUGGUUUAGGAAACACAACACAACACAACACAGCACAGCACAGCAUGUUGGAGAGACUCUUGACGUGGUGACAACUGGCCCGAAGAGGAGCUUUUUGGAAUAAAAUACCAACAGAAGCCCUUUCAGAUGAUGACGUGAUGAAUUUUAAACGUGUAUAUGUUUAGUAGCCUGUGAUACACGGGGGGGAAAGCCAAUGCCUGGACACUGCUUUAGAUAUGACUAAAAUGUUUUUAAAAUUAUUCAUUUAAACGUGUCCACUUUUCUUGUUAAGACAGGAGGUUUGUUUGUGCAAACAUCUUUGCAUGUAGAUCAUGCGUGAAGAUUUAUUGAUUCUGAGCUGUUUGUGCUGUCAGGGCUGUAGAUCACUUUCCAGCCUUGUGCACUUUCUUCAGGCUUUAAAUCCUAAACCUGAAUUACGCCUUUGAUUAUUCAGGCUCUGAGUUCGGUUAAAAUGACUUCAUCAGAUAAUGAUGAGACUGGGAGUGACGUGUCAGAGUCUCUGGAAGUCACCAAUUUCCAAAGCCAAUAUGGCGACUCGGGGAGUUACUACAAAUCCAAAAGUUUACCAGUUCUCAACGGAGGCUGUCCAGCAGCUGACAAGGCUUUGGAACCGAAACUUCCAUCUACAUUCACUUCAAUCCAUACAGACCGAGUUGUAUUUAGUGGGAUGCAGGGAAAAAGUGACUCCAGCCAGCUGGACUCUCCGACCCAAACUGACUUCUCACCCUCCAGCAUGUCCAGCAUGGUGGGUCUAAGCGGCUCUACGCGACCCAACGGCAACAGGGCUGGAGGCAAAAAAAUAGGCUUCUCUUUAGCAAGGAUUGUGGGAUUCCCAGCGAGGAAGUACGUCAGGGUGAUUCUGGCGGACUCGAGGUGUUUCCUGUUCUGUAUGUGCUACCUGACGUUCAUCCAGUCGCUGAUGGUUUCAGGUUAUCUGAGCAGUGUGAUCACCACCAUCGAGAAGCGGUACAGCCUGAGGAGCUCUGAGUCAGGUCUGUUGGUGAGCUGCUUCGAUAUUGGAAGCCUGCUUGUUGUGGUCUUCAUCAGCUACUUUGGGGGUCGGGGGCAAAGGCCGCGCUGGUUGGCCGUUGGUGGGGUUUUCAUAGCUGUAGGGGCAGCUCUGUUCUCCCUUCCCCACUUCAUCUCACCCUCGUACCAGAUCCAGGAAGUGAACUCGUCUACAGGAAACGAGGGCCUCUGCUUGAAUGGGAAUGCCAGCAGCAGAGACGGCUUGGGCGUUGCGUCGUGCCCACGGGACCAGGAGGGCAAGGAGCAUUCCAUCUACGUAGCACUUUUCAUCUGCGCCCAGAUUCUGGUGGGAAUGGGUUCCACACCUAUCUACACCCUCGGCCCGACCUACCUGGACGACAACGUGAAGAAGGAGAAUGCCUCGCUUUACCUUGCUAUCAUGUAUGUGAUGGGCGCUCUGGGUCCUGCGGCUGGGUAUCUCUUAGGAGGAGUUCUCAUCGGCUUUUAUGUGGAUCCCAAAACCAUAGUUAAUAUUGAUCAGAGUGACCCUCGCUUUGUAGGCAACUGGUGGAGCGGCUUUUUGCUGUGCGCCAUUGCCAUGCUGCUGGUCAUUUUCCCCAUGUUCACCUUCCCCAAGAAACUACCCCCUCGCCACAAAAAGAAGAAGAAGAAAAAGCUUGGGACUGAUGAUGAUGCAACCAGUGAGGAUGAUGUCAUGAAGGAGAAAUCCAACAGCAAAGGUCAAACGGUGACCUCUUCCAUGGGCUUUGGGAAGGACAUCAAAGAGCUCCCCAAGGCGGCCGUGAGGAUCCUGAGCAACAUGACCUUCCUGUUUGUGAGUCUCUCCUACACGGCCGAGAGUGCCAUCGUCACCGCUUUCAUCACCUUCAUCCCCAAAUUCAUCGAGUCGCAGUUCGGGAUCCCCGCCUCCAACGCCAGCAUCUACACAGGAGUGAUUAUCGUACCCAGUGCUGGUGUGGGCAUCGUGCUGGGCGGCUACAUCAUCAAGAAGCUGAAGCUCGGCGCUCGUGAGUCGGCCAAGCUGGCGAUGAUCUGCAGCGGAGUGUCACUGCUGUGCUUUUCCACGCUCUUCAUCGUGGGCUGUGAGAGCAUCAACCUGGGGGGCAUCAACAUCCCAUAUACCACAGGGCCAACUCUGACGCUGACUCACAGGAACCUGACAGGCAGCUGCAACGUGAACUGUGGCUGUAAGAUAAACGAGUAUGCACCAGUCUGUGGCUCUGAUGGCAUCACCUACUUUAACCCCUGCCUGGCAGGCUGCAGUGCGGUCGGCAACGACAGCACUGGGAUCAGAAACUACACGGACUGUGCGUGUGUGCAGAGCCGGCAGGUCAUCACUCCUCCCGCCGGUGGCCAAGGCAGUCAGCUCCAGCUGGUCAUCGUGAAGACCUACCUGAACGAGAAUGGUUUCGCCGUGUCUGGGAAGUGUGACCGCACCUGCAACACGCUCAUCCCCUUCCUCAUCUUCCUCUUCAUCGUAACACUCAUCACUGCCUGUGCGCAGCCCUCCGCCAUCAUCGUCACUCUCAGGUCAGUAGAGGAGCAGGAGAGGCCGUUUGCUUUAGGAAUGCAGUUCGUGUUGCUGAGAACACUCGCCUAUAUACCCACGCCCAUCUACUUCGGUGCUGUGAUCGACACCACGUGCAUGUUGUGGCAGCAGGACUGCGGUGUGCACGGCUCGUGCUGGGAGUACGACGUCACGUCGUUCCGCUUCGUCUACUUCGGCCUGGCCGCCAGCCUCAAGUUUGUUGGCUUCGUCUUCAUCUUCCUCACCUGGUACUCCAUCAAAUGCAAGGAGGAUCGGCUGGAACGCCGGCGCCUGAGCCUCCCUCCGCUCGGCACAGUGAGCGAGCUUGUGUGUCAGGCAGGUGCCCGCAAGUGCCACGCACGUACUCGCUCAUGCCCAGCGUUUACGCUCGAUCCAACACCUCUUCACCACGGCCACAGCAGCCAGAGCUGCCCGGGAAACGCGCUCAAAGCAAUAACGCCCCCAGUGCGCCCCGUGCAGGAGGUCCGCGCCCUCGUCUGAGGUCUAACUCCAUCCUCUCCACGUGCCUUCCUUGAUUGGGCGCAAACCUUUUCAAAGUUCAGCUGACGCCCUGCUGAGUAUCACAGCUGUUUUUAAGGUUCUCAUCAGCGCAUAUCUUCAAAAAAAUUUACAUAUUUGUCAAAGCGUGCAUUGUACAUUGUAAAAGACAUCACAUGGUGCUAAGUGGGUUUGGGGGGUAGGGGUGGGGGGUCAUUCCUGUUCAGUAUCAUGUCUUUGAUAUCAAAAUGACUAUCAAAACUUCACCACAAGCACAACUGGGAAUCUGUUCUAUGCAAGCUCUGCCGCUAUGCCCCUCUGUGUAUUGCUUUCUAUUGAGUAUCUCUGAAUUCAGCCCGCAUUCGACAUGAGAGGCGACCAUCUCUCCUGUCCUCACUCUAUUUCUCUCUCCUGCUGUCUCUCUUUGAAAGUCCCUUUGGACGUUAGGCCAGUAUGGAGGAUAGAGUGGCUGUCUAGGUUGCUGGAAUUUUCUGGAACUUUCCGGCAACAUGGUCCCUCAGGGUUCAGUGCUGUGGCCUAUUAAAGUUCUGUGAAAUAUGAGCAAGGGUCAGAGGAACAGUUAAAAUACAUCAUGAGAGAACUCUUAUCAUUCCUUAUCAUCCCCAUCAUCAUCAUGAUCAUUAUCCCUAGAGUGAUCAGUAUAGACGUAAUUCCAGAAUAAGAUUAAUGUGUAACAGUAAGCAGAUAGAAUAAAAAUUGAACACAAAACAACAUCCUUUGAGCGAGAUUUGAGAGAGAUGUGCUGCUCGAUUCCUCUGGUUCCGGUCCUCACAGACCCGUCUCUGCUUUAGCGGUUUAAUGUCUGAUCUGACGGCGCAUGGUUCAAUCCCAGCAGGCCUGGCCAUUGCUCUCACACUCCUUCCCUCGUUGCUGACAGAAAUCAGCCUGAGCACUUAAACGCAAUAGUGUUACUAAACCGGCAGCAGCACAUGGAGCAUAUUUUGAUACUAAUGAGAAAUUUUGGUGGUAUUGAUAUGUCCUCAGAAUGUUGUAGGCGUCACCACAUCUAGCACUUGUAGAUGUAUAUUCGCAGUUCUCAUGCAGUUAGAAAUAGUCUCUGAUCAUUUCAAGAGAUCGGUAUGCUAAUCUCUAUAACAAGCCAACAGGUAUUACAGUAAAUGCCUACGAAGAAUAUAAACCUCUAUCCUCUGAUGCUGCAUCAUUUUGCAUAAUAUAAUGUAGUUCAUUAGGCAUUUAGGAUGGGUAGCACAGCAUGCUGGAAAUGAAACCUGUCCAAAUAUAAAUCUAAAUUUCAUCCAUGGAAUAAGAAAAAUUGAAUCUCUAUGUCUACUUAUACAUAUACUUGUUUUACUACUAAGAAUUUAUGAAUUAAAAUUUUGGCCAGUUCUACUGCAUUUUGAUGAAACCAUUGUUUGAGUAUAAUAUUGUCAAGAGAGACUUUAAAAAAAUUUACUAAAACAAUAGCAUCAUUAACACCUGACCUUGAAUCUUCACUUGCUGUUCAGUCUUCAGUCUCAACCACUGUACUUGAGAUCUUUGAAAUGCAAUUCUUCCUUAUUAUUAGUCAAAUUGUUUCACUGUAAAAUGAACAGAAUCAAAUGAGAAAUCUGUGACAGAUUUUUUUUUAAAGAUAUAUAAAUACCGGAUAUCAAACCAAACAAGUAUUCCCCAUCAGUGUUUUCACGUAUAGACGAUUUGUAACACAGGGCAGUCAUGACGUAACUGGGCAGUGUUGCAGUUUUGUUAUUUUGGGCUUGGAGCUCCUGCACAUUGGAUUUGAAAUAAAAAAAUUUGUUAAAGUUAGCUUUGAUUCAAGGAAAUGUCUGAAGACUUGAACAGUUACAGAGUCAAUCCCUUCAUAUCCAGUGUGUAGAAAACCAAAAUAACAAAAAUGCUUUCAGUGAAAAAGUACUCAAGGACUGUGCUGUGAAGUACAAAGAGGAUAUACUGCUAGUAAAUAGAUUUUUUGUCUAAAACUUAACAAAUUUAGAUUACCUUUUGAAAAAGAAACACAUAAUGAAGCAAAACUUUGUUUUCUGUGCCUAAAUUAUGUAAGUUAUAUGUGACAUUGUUAUAAUAUACAGCACAUAAAUUAUGUUGUUUUCUUUUUGCUUUGUAUUUUUUAUAUAUACUUUUAGGGGUGUUGACAUUUAACCUUUUCUUUGGUUUGAUUAGCCUCCAUCACCAAAAGGCCCUUACAUAUCUAUUAUUAUAAUUAUUGUUAUUUAUUAUUAUUAUUAUUAUUAUUAUUAUUAUAGAUGUAACUGUCUGACUAUGCCUCUGCUUUGUGAGGAAAGCUCGAGUGACCGUAUGAUAUUAAGGCAUGGUGUUUGGGGUCACAUUGCUUGCACUUUUCUUCUGCCUGCUGUGAUAAAUGAACUGGAGAUCUCUGUGCCACAGAAAACCUGUUCUCUAACUGGUACUAAUGCACAUCUCUGUGAUGCAACAUGACCUGAAAUCAGUGGCCACAUUGGUGUUUUUUUGUUUGUUUGUUUGUUUUUUUCUGAAAUGGUUCUGCUUUGGGGUGUUAAGCAGGCUACGCAGAUUCGAAGGUCAUCUCCACACCCGAGCCUCUCCACCCUCAGUGCUGUCAGCAUGUGUGAUGAUCAGUGUGAGGCACGAGAUGUCCUUAAUUUGCUCACGUGGAUUACUUCAGGUAGAUAUUUUACUUUUGUGGGGGUCAUUAUUUUUUAUCAGCAUAUUAUUGAUGUGUAUUUAUUGAAAUAAAAAGACAAAGCUGUAUUGGAAAGGUCAUGCUCCUGCUCUGCGUUCCUCAGGAACAGAAGUGAACACAUCAUGGCAACACUUUUGUUUACAGAUACCUUGAAUACUUGAUAAUUGUCAUUAAAAAAAGGAGAGAAAAAUAACUGUGUCUAUUUUGUGUGUGGAAGUAGAAUAAGCAGUUCGUGUAAGGAGUGAUGCACUUGAGGGUGUGCUGUUAGAGGAAAUUAAUCAACAACAGGGUGGUGUGAUGUGGUCUGACACGAAGUUGAAUAUUUUCCCACACAUCCUGAAGUGUUUUAUUCCUUUUAUACCACAGCAGUCUGCUAACAGUAAAAAGUUUUAAAUCAAAGAACAUCCUGUCUUACUUUUUAAGUGUUUAUGGUUACAUUUAAUGUUUUUUUUUUUUUUUAAAAGCCAAAAACCAGCUCCCGUUAUCACUUGUUAUAGCACCUAUAAACAGUCAUUCCCUCCCCAGCCUCUCUUUUUUCAUCCUUUUUUUUUCAGUUUUUCAUGUGACCAAGAAACCAGAAAGAUUUUC